UUCAGUAAUUCGCUUAUUAAAAGUGGUUUUAUCUUCUGACGUUACAUAAGUUUUGUAUUCAUUAAGGUACGAAACCAGUCAAAAGUUAAAGCAAUGAAGCACUUUUUAUUUUUGUCGAUUUUGGUGUUUGGUGAGUUGUGCGUUAACAGUGAGAAACUACCUGGAUGCGCUUCAAAUGAAUUCCCAUGGGUAGAAAAACCGCUUUAUGUGCCAAGAUUAACUGAAUUGGCCGAUGCUUUUUUAGCCGGACUGAGUGAAAAUUAUGCCAACGUAUCGGUGAAUGUAGUGGAUAGUCCCGAUUUUAUGCAAGCCCCAUACCACUUGGCUUCAAGCGGAAUGUCUGGUUCACAAACUCUGAUUGAUGUUGGCGCUGAUACAUUUUUACUUCCUUUGCCGAAUUUCACAAAAACGUACAAUUUUAUUGAUAUCGCACGAAAAGCAAUUCCGCAUGCAAAAAUGAUUUCACUCAACGGUGCUGGAGCUGGGCCAUAUGACUUUAAGGAUUCAUGCUGCGAGGGUAUCUAUAGUGUACGAAUUGCAGAAAAUGGAUCAUUUCACAGUGAGUCCCACGUUGCAUUCAUUAAACCCAGCGACAAUUCGUUUAAUCUGGAACGAAUUCCAUCGAGCGAGAUAAAAUUCCCGUUCAUAAACAAUUUGUUUGCGUCAGAGGGCCAAAGAGGAAAGGUAAUUCAAAUCAAAGUUAAAAAACGUGUAGGAACAGAAGCUAGCUUCGUUAACAUUUGCCGCAAAGCAAUUACGGAUGCAUUUGAAAACCAGCCGGUCGGUAUUGGUGGAGUUUUUGCAAUGAAACAAGGCAAGGCUUUACAUCAUGUUCAAUCAAAUUGUACGGAAAAACUCGAUUCAAAAGAAAAAAUUCGAAAAUGGUUAAAAGUGCACGAAAUACCUGCUCCUUUAACUGCUCUUGGAACGUUUAUUACUGAUAAAAUGGAUUUAGAUUUACGUCCGCAACAUUUUCAUAGUUUUACAAACACCAAUCUCGGCGGUCAUUACUAUUACGACACAACACCGGACACAAUCGAAUACGAAGCAUACUUCAACGUUGCCGAACGCAUAAUUCGCGUCGAUCGUGGUAAAAAUUACUAAACCAACUGGACCGAUUCACGAUUUCUUCAACGGCUCAUGAAAAAUGCGCCUAUUUAAUCUAUAAUGGCUGCCAAAAGGACAGUACAAUACUUUUUAAUUUGUAUGGAAAGAGGAGAUGUUUUGGUUAAAAAUCAAAACUGAAAAAAGUAAAUUAUUUAUUUGUGAAUUUAAAAUAUCUACCAAAAAAUCUAUAGAAUGACAUAAAGAAUCAAUGGCAAAGAAUGUA